AUGGCUGGCCCUAAGAAAUCAGCCAUCAUCGUUUCUUAUUCUUCUACCCAGUCCUUCCUGUCGUCCUCGAGCUGGACUCAGAUCCUCCAGACCCUCCAUUCCCAGCUUCCUUUACGCAAUAUCCACUGGAAAUCUGCCUCCCGUCCUUCCAUUAGGACUAUUCAUGAGCUCGACGUCUCUUUGGUCAAUCUGGACACCAUCCGCGACGAGCAUACAUCACAAAUACCAACGACAGUACUGGAAAGGCCUUUACUUAACAUAUAUGUCAUUACCUGCGAAAACAAUGAUCUUGAAGCAUAUCGCGCAACGGUGAAAAAGCAAAUCAAAGAAUGGCAUGCAACUGUUUCUCCACGCAAGAAUCAAGAAUGGCUUAUCCUGCACGUCGUUCGUGCAGAUACCCGAGUACAAUCCGGAGCGUUCUUCACGCUCAAAGGCUCAGUUUUGGACAAAGUGCGAGCGGACUUCAACACAGACAAGCGAGAACGUUGUGUUCAGCUUGUUUGGUCUACUGGGACGAAUAACCCAGCAGCAUGGGCUGAAUUUCUGAACAAACUCCGUGAUGGUGUACUAUCUGCUUUUGAGAGUGCUGUCAUUCAGCGGGAAGAGGAUGUUAGGCGUUCUGAGGGUCAAAGGCAAAUGCCAGGAUGGAAUUUUUGCACUUUCUUUAUCCUCAAAGAAAGCCUGGCGACCUCUUUCGAAGGUAUGACUUUGUACGACGACGCCCUAGUGGUGUACGAAGAACUCGAAAUCUCGUUCUAUCAAGUUUUGAAGGAAAAGAACCUAUCUUGGUUUGGUACAUUGAUCACGCCUUCGCCAACCGAUGAUUCCGCACCAUUACUUUCCAUAUCCAAGAAAACAUACAAGGAUCUCAUCCUCGCAAAUAACAUAUCGGUCUUUGAUUUUCGAAUAUAUGUCCUUUCUCGACAGUGCGAGCUCCUCGCGAAAGCGGGUCGCCUUACUGAAGUUUGCCAGAAAGUAGGAGUGUUCUUAAGUGCUUUUGGUCGAAGGUUACGAGAGAUCGAGUCGGAAAUACCUCCGCUUUUCGUCGAAUCAUGGAUCUACUCCUCUGCUCUAAGUGCUGUUGAGCAGUGUGAUACUUGGAGCUCCAGUGUCGAUUUGGACGCCAAACGCCCUGCGUUCAACGCUGGUAAAGCUGAGCUUCUCGAGCUUGCCCGAAAUCAACUCGACAUGCUUGGAAUAGAAACCCGAUUUCUUCCUUGUAAACCUCCAUUCUCUAGUGCCUUGCUAGUGCCCAGACCUGAGAAUCUUCAGCCCAAAUCGACAGAAAGUAUCAGCAAUACGCAGCUCUCGACGGCGUUAAAGGAUCAGGACGCCUUUUAUGACUUGUAUAUCCUGAUCACUAAUCGAGCCAUCGACCUCUAUGCAAAAUCAGGCCGACGCAAAUUUGCGCUCAAACUGCAUGGCAGUCUUGCCGCCCUCGACCUACAUAGAGGACGGCUGGAUACCGCUCUUGCGACAUACAAUUCACUUCCUGCUCACUAUGCUCCUCAUUCAUGGACGUCGUUGGAGGCGGUGAUGCUUGCUAGGGCAUUGGAAACUCAUGAAAUAGCAGGGAAACCAAAAGAUAGAGAAUGGAUACAUGUCCUUCUUGCUUUCUUCAAAACAUAUGCGGAGAGUGGCGGAGAAGAGUUGUUGCUGCCUGAGGAAAGUAAAGUGACAUACGUCUCCUGGUUGAUGAGUGCGCUCGAAACAGCAGUAUCAAAUCUCGACACGGAUCUAUCUCAUCCAGAUCAUCCUGCGCUGAAGGUACAGGUAUCCUCUGAUGCUAGUUUAGACGAAAGUAGAGAUGGAUCUUAUGUAGAGGUUACUGUUCAUAAUCAUCUACCAUGUCCUAUUCCUAUCAGUGAAGUCUCCAUCCUUCUUGCAGGGAGGGAUUUGGAACGUUUCAGAUUUACAUCGGCCAACGAGUCGCUCGCUCCGGGAAAGUCAAAGCUGAAACUUUUUUGCCCUAUACCUUGUUACGGUAGCUUCCUGUUAGAUAGCAGCGAGAUCCGAAUGAGGAGACUGCUUUUACAGUCUUCACAUCGUAGAACAGGCCACAAUGCUAAAAAUACUCGAUAUGCCGUCAAAGACAAUAAUCUCCUAGUCCGGAUUCCUCGUGAUCUUCUCGCUUUCGAUGUUCGUCUUCGACAACCACCCCUUGUUGCACUGGGUGCCCCACCAAGCUUGUUGGUUGUAAUUACUACAGGAAGGAAUGCAGUAUUGACCACUUCCUUCAAUCUAUCCGCGGCCUCAGUUACUUUUGAUUGCCAGGGGGUAACUUCAACCACCAAAGGAAUAACCCUACCCGACAGCACAUCUGAUCGUAUUUCACUCCGAGACCUACCAGAAGACAAAGAAAUCGAGCUUCUCAUCCCCCACUCUGACGCCUCCAGUUUCCAUUCCAUUAAAGUAGUUAUUGAGGUGGAUUAUAUCACAGUUUCAGAACCAUCGAUUACACGAAGCUUGCGACUAACGCGAGUCAUAAACACUACUCUACCGGUUUCUGUGAAUGUGGAAGAUUUCUUUAGAGGAAAAAGAUUAUUCUCAAAGUUCAUAGUGUCUACUUUAAGUCAUCAGCAUGUACGGAUCUCAAAUGCUCGUCUAGAACAUCCAGACACCGAGAAUAGCGGGCUGAAGAUAUUAGCGUGUUCCUCCUCGAAGCGCGGCAUCAUUACAGUCACCCCAGUACAACCAGCGCAAUUCUUAUUUCAGAUUAACUCCAAUGGGCCCGUUCGUGAAGCUUUAAGCUUGGAUAUCACUUAUCGAAUGCUUCGUGAAGAGGUUGAGUUUGUUGUUGAGGAAGCAGUUGAACGCGCGAUAGUGGAAAACCCCAGUUGGAAAAUGCAUCGAAUUCCAUUAGUUAGUAAGUUGAUUCAAAUGCUGGAAAUGGAUGCAAGUUGGGUGGAAAUAUACGGGAUAUCCGGUGAACUACACAUUCCUCAAUCGCCUGCUUCAGACGAUGCUCUACGAGAGCCUAUCGAGAUUGUGCAGAAGGCACUCCGAAGCCAUAAGCACCCUGAAACUCCUACUGGCCCUUGGCACGAUAUCAAAAUCCCUGUCGAUGUACCUAUCAUGAAUAUCGUGGCUGCGGCGCAGAUAAGAAUAACACAAAGAGAUUCCGCGUUAUAUGCUGGCCAACCUAUUCCUGCCACCCUCACUAUUCAUUCAUCCUUUCAUUGGGGCACCAGUGCUAAUGACCGGGAACGGCAGUACGUGAUGCAGUACGAUGUCGAAGAGAUGGUCAAAGAGUGGCUUGUGAGUGGGAAGAAGCGUGGUACCUUCAUAGCUACUGAUGACGGCACGUUCACUGUACCGCUCACUUUGGUAGCGCUUCAUCACGGAGAGUUUACAUUACCGAAGGUCACGAUUAACGCGUUACCUCUCGCAGACGUGGUUACGAUGGGAUCUAUGGCCAUUCCGAACACGGAAACGUAUCAGGUACACGGUGCAGAGAAGGUUUUGAUAUCGCCUCGGGGAGGUCGUAGUACAUUCGUAUUAGGUAUGGGCUCAACAUGA